CCCUUAUGCCUCACAUGUUCCAAUCGGUGAUUUGGUUUUGGUUUUUUGUUUGGGUUAAUUGUUUAGCUAAAUUGUUGGACUAAAUUGGUUUAUUAAUUUUAACAAUGAGAUCCACACACAGUUUGUUGACUCAUGGCCGUUGGGUGAUUCUAGGAUCCGGCAAAGGUACAAUCAGCCAGAAGUUUGUUCCCAAUUGCAGUUUGUCUUAUUCCUCUUGUGGUUUACUGAGAAAUAAAAUUGCCCGAGGAACAGCUCAGUCUUUGCGAGAACGAUCAACUCUUAGCAGGAACUAUAACCUUAAUGUUAAAGAAGAUAAAAUAAUUAAUUGUACCAAGAAUCGAUGGACUCAUUCCUCUUCAUCUUCAAAGGAUAAUUCAUUUAUUAAGAUUCUUUUGGCUGGUGCUGGUGCCGUGGUCGUUGGAUCAGUGGUCUACUUUUCAACCCAAUCCACUGAGAAACCUAAGAAAGAAACAAGCCAACCCAAAGUAGACACAAUCCUAAUUAAACCCAAAAUUGAAAACUUACCCGAUUCUAUUGAUUAUCUUAUAAUCGGCGGAGGAACUGCUGCAUUUUCGGCUUUUAGAUCUAUUCGUGCCAAUGAUCCCAAGGCUAAAGUUUUAGUAAUCACCGAAGAAAAGUACAAGCCUUACAUGUCGCCGCCAUUGUCCAAGGAAUUAUGGUUUAGUGAGAAAGAAUUAUCUGAGAAAUUGACCUUUCGCCAAUGGAAUGGCCGUGAAAGGUCCAUUUUCUAUGAACACCCUGAAUUCUAUGCUGAUCUAAAAACAUUGGCAGAGUCGGAAACUGGUGGAGUGACGGUUGUUAGUGGUUAUAGAAUCACUCAGCUUUCCCCGUUGGAGAAAAAAGCUUUCAUUGACAAUGGUCAAUCUAUUGGGUACAAAAAAUGUUUAAUUGCCACUGGUGGUCAUCCUAAAAAUCUGGAGAUUUUCGAGAAAGCAUCAGAUGAUGUCAAAGAGAGGAUUUUACUUUAUAGAAAUGUCGAUGAUUUCUUGAAACUUAAGAAAAUAAGUGAUUCCAAAAAGUCAAUUACUAUCAUUGGAGGUGGACUUCUUGGUAGUGAAUUAGCUUGUGCACUUGGCCGUCGAUCGCAAAUCCUCAAAAGUCCUUCUGAGGUGAACCAAGCUUUCCCUGAGGCAGGAAAUGUUGGAAAAUUGUUGCCAGAAUAUCUUAGUCAAUGGACGAUGGAAAAUAUAAAAAAAGAAGGUGUCAAUAUCAUUCCAAGCGUUGAAGUUGUGGGAGCUCGUAGACACAAUGAUAGAUUGACCUUACAACUGAAUAAUGGGACUUCAAUAGAGACUGAUUAUGCUGUGGUGGCCGUUGGGCUACAACCGAAUGUGGAUUUAGCCGAAUCUGCUGGACUUGAAGUGGACAAGGUUCACGGAGGUUAUUUGGUCAACUCGGAACUACAGGCAAGAAGUGACAUAUGGGUCGCUGGUGAUGCAAGUUGUUUCUAUGACAUGAAAUUAGGCAGAAGGAGAGUUGAACAUCAUGACCACGCCGUCAUCAGCGGGAGACUCGCGGGCGAGAACAUGACUGGAGCAAGUAAACCUUACAAACAUCAAUCAAUGUUCUGGUCUGAUCUUGGACCUGAUAUCGGUUUCGAAGCCAUUGGUUUGAUAAACUCUUCAUUGCCCACAGUUGGAGUGUUUUCUAAACGCGAGAAACCUCUAGAAAAAGAAUAUGAUACUUCGGUAGAUGACAAACCUCGUUCUCCUCAACCAGGCGAUGAAUAUGGCAAAGGUUUGAUUUUCUACCUGCGAGAUAAUAUUAUUGUUGGAAUCGUUCUAUGGAAUGUAUUUGAACGAAUUUCCAUCGCUAGAAGAAUCAUUUCUGAAGGAAAACCUUAUGAAGAUUUGGUUGAAGUUGCAAAGCUUUUCAAUUUAGAAGGAAAAUCAGAGGAUAAAUUGACAGAGAAGGAAAAUGAUACUAUUAAUGAAUCAGAACAAUCGGAGAAAAAUUAAUGACACUACCAAUCAACUACAAUGUAUCUCUAUUAUUAUUAUGAUUGCUAAUAAUUUAGCAAUGAAUUUAUACUUGAUCAGAUAAACUGACGAUUUAUGAUCAAAAGUAAAGUAAAGGUUAGUAAACUUGUAAAUUAAAUUGUUAUAAUUGUUUCUAAAAAGAAAAUAAAUGGUUUAGUGAUUUAAUCUUA